AUGACAGUCGCCCCCCACUUUGCGGCCAUCCCUCCGGCCCGUGCUCUGCCCGCUGCGGUCGACAGCGAGGUGUUCUCUGAUUGGGCUGAGACUCGAAAGCGCCGCUCUCGCUCGGCCGCCAGGCCUGGCUGGAGGAGGGCCCAGGAGGCCACGCCCAUCCUGACCACGCCCACCAGGCCGGCCCCGGCCCCGCCCCCUCCGCCGGCCGGGUGUCAGCGCUCAGAGCCCGGUAUGAAGCGGCCACUGAGCCCGGGGCCCCUGGGUGAGAGAGAGCGUCCUGCAUCCGGGGAGGCCGAGUGCCACCCGCAGCCCCCUGAGGCCCCAAAGGCCAAGCGGGAGCGGAAGCGGCCGUCCUACACGCUGUGCGCCGUGUGCAACGUCCAGCUCAACUCGGCGGCGCAGGCUCAGGUGCACUGCGGGGGGCGCGCACAUCAGCGGCGGCUGCGACAGCUGCGCCUGGGCCCAGGGCCCGCGGAGCCAGGCCCAGCCUCCAGCGCCCCCAGCCCGCUGCUGGGCCCCUUGCCGUUGCCUGCCCGGCUUCCACAGCCCGCGCUGGACAUCAAGCACCUGCUGGCCUUCCACCUCCAGGGUGCCACCCCGCUUGGCCUCUUCCCCAACUUCAGCACGAUGGACCCCGUGCAGAAAGCGGUCAUCAGCCACACGUUUGGGGUCCCCGCCCCUCUGAAGAAGAAGUUAUGCAUUUCCUGUAACAUCUGUCACCUGAGGUUCAACUCGGCAAACCAAGCUGAGGCGCAUUAUAAAGGCCACAAACAUGCCAGAAAACUCAAGGCUGUCGAAGCUGCCAAGAACAAGCAGAGGCUGCAGACGCCAGCCUGGGAUGAGGCCACUGUGUCCCCAAGCCUAACCCCUGCCAGUGCUGGUGGGGACCCUGCAGAACCAGGAGCCAGAGCACCCACGGCCUCUCCCCUCAACCUUCCACACCAGCCACCACAGACCCUGGAGCCCUUACCCCCAGAACCAGGCCACACAGAGGUGGCGGACACGGCCUCCUCGGCCUCCUGCUGCCUCCCCUGCUCCCCGGAGCCAGGCAGGGAGGCUCCAGGGCCUGAGCCUGAGGCAGCAGCGGUGGCAGCUGCAGGGAGCAGCCGGGGCGGGGCAGGUGGCCGAGAAAGGGGACGCCUCUACUGUCCCACCUGCAAGGUGACUGUGAACUCUGCCUCUCAGCUUCAGGCCCAUAACACAGGGGCCAGGCACCGGUGGAUGGUGGAGGGCCAGCAGGGGGCUCCCCGCAGGGCCCGGGGUCGCACAGUGUCCAGGGGAGGGGCCGGACACAAGGUUGGGAAAGUGGCGGGAUUCCGGGGAAGCCGGCAGAGCCCCAGACCCCCUUUCCACUGCGCACUGUGUCAGCUGCAGGUCAACUCAGAGACUCAACUCAAGCAGCACCUGAGCAGCCGGAGGCACAAGGACCGCCUGGCUGGGAAGCCCUCCAAGGUCCCCAGCCUGCACGGCAAGCUACAGAGGCAGGCGGCGCUGGCCGUGAGCGUCCUUAAGUCCAAGCUGGCCCUGCAGAAGCAGCUCACCAGGACGCUGGCUGCCCGCCUCCUCCCCAGCCCGCUGCCCGCCGCGGCCGCUGCCCCCACCAUCUGCGCCCUGCCCGGGCCCCUGGCCCUCCGGCCGGCCCUCUUCCCCACGCCUGUCCUGGGCCCCGCACUGUUCCGCGCGGCUGCUGGGGCGGUGCGCCCCGCCCCGGGUCCUGUAGUCUUUGCGCCCUAUUAGCCCAGCCCGGCCCACUCCCCAAGGCGCCUCCCUCCCGCCCCUCCCGUAGCCGCGGGGCUGGUUCCAUGGGCCCCCCUCGCUACACACCGGGGUUCAGCCAUCGCCCUCCUGCCCUGCCCUUCCUGCCCGCCCAGCCCACCAUGCUCCAAGAUCUAGGCCAAACCCCAGCCCAGGCACUGUGGUGCUUUCUCCAACCAAAGACCUCACCCACUCCGGGACGAGCUCUCCCAGCCUGGGCACAGAUCGGCGACCUCUGUCCUGAGCCGCUCCCUGGAUUCUCUGGAGGUUAGGGAGGGGCUCCAGCCGAUCAGGAGCGGGCCUGAGGCGUGGCAGCGGACGGGGUGCAGCUCACACACAGUCCUCCUGCUCUGGGCUGCCACUCCCACGUGGUCCCCAGCACCCUCUGCGCUGCUGGGCCCCACCCACCCCAAGGCCCCUAAUUUCCUUUCUGGGGUUAUUUCCAGUGGGAAAAUGACAAAAGAGGAAAACUUUUGAUAACAGUUGUGGUUUUAUUGUGUCCAAUAAAUGCAUCAAUAAACAAGCACUGAGGGAGCCUGUUGAUGGUUGCCCUCAGUCUCCUUUUCCAGCCCGGCUCUGCCCUGAGGAGUGCUGCCAGGCUGGGAUCGCGGGCACGUGGUGGAAGCCCAUGGCACAGAGGUGGCGAGGAGCUCCCUGGAGCUGCUACUGCUCCCCCUGCCUGUCUGGGCGACGAGGUCAGGGGGGUAGGCAAGCACCGGUCCAGCCUUGGCUGAUGGGCAGGGACAUAGACACAGGCGACAGACGCUCCAGAGGCCAGGCACAGGCCUGCAGUGCACCGAGGGCGGCGCGCCACUGCCCCCUGGUGGUUCGGGGAACGGGGUCCAGCCGCAAGCGCGGGGGCCAAGCACCUUGAAGAGGGAGAGACCAAGGGCAGGCAAGGACGUGGGAGAGCCGGAUCCCACGGCAGCAGGGCCGUCUCUGGGCCAGAGGACACAGGACACAGGGUCAGGUACACUGGCUCUCCCAGGAGCUGGCUUCUUCCAGCCAGAAGGGUCUGGCGAGGAGG